AUGGGAUAUAGCAACAUGCAAACUAAUAUUUUACUAAAGAAACAAACAGAUGGCACUAGUAUUACUGUAAAAAGUUCUUCCACAUGGCUAGAAAAACAAGAUAUAAUUUUAAAAAAAAUAAACUACGGAAAAUAUUUGAUUCCUAGAUUUUUUUUUAUAACCUUUUUACCUCUUUUUUUUCUUUUUCUUCAAAAUAUGUAUAAAUUCCAAAAUGAUAUAAAUUUGAAAUUUCAAUUCAAGAAUAUUAAUUCGAGGAAUUUAGCUGAAUGGAAUAGAGGGGCGAGUGCUAGUGGUAUAGAGCUUGAAGACCCAUAUAAAAAGGUAGAUUAUAAAGAGGUACUAACGGUUUGGAAAGCUAUUCGAGAUAACGAGGGAAUAAAAUUAAGUACUUUACUUGAAAACCUUUUAGAUGAUCUAUUUGAACAAUCGAAUAUUCAUGGAAUAGAUACACAAGAUAGAAAUGGAAUAUGGCUUAAAUUUGCUAGUGAAGUUUAUGAACUUGUGCGUAGAAUAGAUCAUAAUACUUACCAUAAAAUAUAUUCUAUAUGUGAAGGGGGAUCAUGCACACGUGAAUCAUAUAUAUGUUUUAUAAAUGAGAAUAGUAACUUAUGGGAAUCCUUUAGAUGUGAAAUAGGACGCAUAUGGCAUUCCUUUUUAAAAAAUAAUUUAGAUUUACUUGAUAAGCAAGUUGUAUUAAUUGACUUUAAUAGUAAAGAAAGUAAUUAA